AGUGUGCUCAGCUGGACUGGGGCCAGUAGUACCAAACCGGGUGUCUUCACAGUUACCGAACGUGUCAUACAUACAUACUCACCAUCGACACUGCCACCAUGUUUCGUGCGAUUCUUGCCGUAUGUGCAUGGACCAUUUCCUGGCAGGCCAGCGCGCUGUACAUCGAGGAGCGAAGCAGUUGCCGGACGGAUGGAUGCGUCACCCAGAGUGGCUGUGUGCCACGCUACUCGCAGUAUAGCACCGCACUCUACUGUCCGCAACGCUGUGUGAUUGAACGGUGUCGAUCGGUGGCGAACGAGCAACGGCGACGCGUCUGCCAUCAGAUCACCUCAGUCGCCACCGGGCAGGUGUUGGCCGCAGUAGACUCGUACGAUCGACGCGCCAACCAACGGUACGCAACACUGGUGAACCCCAAUUCGGGUGAACGCGACCGGUGGAACUUGAUCGUGGGCCCGGGCAACAAUUAUUACAUCCAGAACAGUGACACCAGGGAGUAUCUGCGUGCGAGCGACACCAACUAUCUCUAUCUGGUUGCCGAACGACCAACGGACGAGAGCUUCCUGUUCAAACCGGAUCUCGUCCAGGGCAGCUGGUCCUGUGUGCUGCUUCAAUCCGUCUGCUACCGUGGCUACGUUUUCGCCGAACAGUACAGCGGAGGAUAUCGAAACUUUGCGUUGAUGACUCGUGAUCUGCAACGAUGCUACCGUGAAAGUCUGUGGAGUGUUUCCUCUGUCAAUUGUUGACCACGUACUGCCGCUGAAUAGGCGCUUCCGUUCCUUUACCACAGUUCGUACGAUGCGAACGCUACUGCCAUAUAUUUUUGUUAUCGUGUGGGAAAUGAAACAAAUUCACGAUAUCGUGCUUCUGUUACGACUUCCAUUAACGUUACAUCCAAGUCACGAUAGACUUUUAACACAAAAAAGUUGUUUGGAAAUACAAAUUUAGUGAUUGAUUGUUCAAAACAGUAAACUAUCAUUUUACUGAUAAAAUUAAUUAUUUUACUUAAAAUAUUAAUAAAUGUGCUGAUAUGAUCAGAAAU